ACCACAACACAACACAAAGAACACUUCCAAACUCCCUCAAGAACACAUUAAUUCCCAAAUGGGGGGUUCUACUUGCUCUUCCCCCAAGACAACAACCAACAAAAAAACAUUAACAGGAGCAGGCAAUCUCAUCAAGCCCCUCCCCACCGGCACGGUCUUCUUGUUCCAGUUCCUCAACCCUGUCUUUACCAACAAUGGCCACUGCUCCACAAUCAACAAAUACCUAAGCGCCAUUCUCAUCGGCAUUUCCGGUUUCUCUUGCUUUUUUGCUUCCUUCACUGAUAGUUACACCGGCAGUGAUGGACAAACCCACUAUGCGUUUGUAACACCUAAGGGUCUUUGGCCCUCAACAAAUUCCAACUCUGUGGACUUGUCUGCUUAUAAACUUAGGGAUGGGGACUUUGUGCAUGCCUUCUUUUCCUUGAUUGUGUUUGCAGUUGUAUCACUAUUGGACACCAACACUGUCCGGUGCUUCUAUCCAGGGUUUGAGUCCGCUGAGAGGGUUUUGCUGCAGGUGUUGCCUCCUCUCAUCGGUGCAAUUGCCAGUACUGUUUUCUUUAUGUUCCCUAAUAAUCGCCAUGGAAUCGGAUACCCCUCCUCAAGUUCUGAUUCUUCACAAGACUCAGACAAAUCCUGAAGAAAUUGAAGUAUCUG